AUGCGGGUUCUUUGCGUUGCGGAGAAGCCCAGCAUCGCCAAGGAGCUUGCCCGCAUCCUCUCACGCGGUCACUUCGACAACCGAGCUGGAAUGCACAAGUACUGCCGCAACUUUGACUUCCCGUACCGUCUUCCUCCACCUUUAGGAGACAACCGUGACUGUCAGUUCACCGUCACGAGUGUGCUUGGACAUCUCACCGAAACUGACUUCGGCGAUGAUUUUCGCCGGUGGUCAUCGUGCGACCCGUUCGCCUUGUUUGACGCCCCAGUCGAGACAAGGGUAACGUCGGACCUCAGACAACUUGAGCGCAACCUUCAGAAGGAAGCUCGCAACGCAGACAUACUGAUGAUCUGGACCGAUUGCGAUCGCGAGGGGGAACAUAUCGGGCACGAGGUUGUCGAGGUCUGCCGCGCCGUCAAUAAUCGAUUGCGAGUGAGGCGAGCGAGGUUCAGCGCGAUUAUUGAUGCUCAGAUUCAUAACGCAUGCCGUCAGGCCGACGACCUUGAUAUGCGCAUGGUCAACGCUGUUGCGGUCCGACAAGUUCUCGAUCUUAGGAUCGGUGCCGCCUUCACUCGCCUGAUGACGAUGACGCUGCAAACCCGAAUCCCCGAGUCCUUUGAGAAGAAGGUGGUCAGCUACGGCCCUUGUCAGUUCCCGACUCUUGGCUUUGUGGUCGACCAGUACAACCGGGUGCAGUCCUUUGUCCCCGAGGCAUUCUGGUACAUCGAGGUAACGACGAUGCGCGAGUUUGAGGACGAGGACGAACCAGUGGAGGUCAAGUUCGCUUGGCGACGCAACCAUCUGUUUGACUUCGACAUUGCGCUCGACCUUGCCAAGGAGACGGUGGAACGGCCUAUGGCGACAGUGAUUAAGGUGGAGACGAAGCCUACAACCAAGCGAAAGCCGUAUCCGUUGACAACUGUGGAGCUACAGAAAUCCGGGUCUCGCCUGCUUGGCAUGACGCCCAAACGAGUGCUGGAUCUUGCCGAGAAACUGUACCAGAAGGGCUUCCUCAGCUAUCCACGUACGGAGACGGACGAAUACGACCGGCAGUUUGACUUCAUGUCACUGAUCCAGAAGCAGACGCACGAUACCGCGUGGGCGGCGUACGCACAGAAGCUGCUCGAUGGUGACUUCGAGCGGCCGCGCAAUGGCCGGAAAAAUGAUAAAGCUCACCCUCCCAUCCAUCCUACAGCGGCUGCGCUCAACGUCGACGCCGAUGAGCGACGAGUCUACGAGUUCGUCACUCGUCGCUUCCUUGCAAGCUGCUCGUCUGACGCGAAGGGGAAGGAGACGUCUGUGGAGAUUGUGAUCGCGGGGGAAUACUUCUCAACAUCAGGUCUCAUUAUCCUUGAGCGCAACUACCUGGAAAUCUAUCCUUACGACAAGUGGGCAGGCAAGAAGCUCCCGGACUUCCAACCCAACGAACAGUUCAUCCCAGACUCCUGCAAUCUGCUGGAGGGCUCGACCAGCAAGCCCAAGCUUCUUACGGAAGCUGAUCUCGUCGGUCUCAUGGAUAGGAAUGGAAUCGGCACGGACGCCACAAUCGCUGAGCACAUUGCCAAGGUCAUUGAGCGCGAGUAUGUCAUCGCUAAGAAAGAAGGCAAGGAGAACUUCCUGGUCCCAUCUACGCUGGGCGUCGGUCUCGUCGAAGGUUACAACGCCAUCGGGUUUGACCGCUCUCUCAGCAAACCGCAUUUGCGCCGAGAGACUGAGCAUCGCCUCGUGCUCAUCUGCGAGGGCCAGCAGACCAAAGCAGAAGUGUUAUCAACCAGCGUUGAGGAGUACAAGGAAGUUUACGUCAAGGCCAGGCGAGAUUUCGAUACAGUGGUCAACAUUGUUGCCGAAUACCUUAACGGCGAGGGAGAAGCGCAGAGGGCUCUGCGUGAUGCCGCUCAUGGGGGACGGCGGGGCGCCCGUGGCGGUGCACGUGGAACAGGCACCCGCGGAGCCGCCGCUCGCGGAGCUGGGCACGGGGGAGGUGGAGCAGCAGGUGGCCGGCGUGCUCGGCAAGACUCUGACAACGACGACGAUGAUAGCGAUAGCGGGCCUACACCAGGUGGUGGCCGUGGACGCGGAAGCACCCGGGCCCGAGGCGCUCGAGGUGGGGCUACCCGGGGUCGUGGCGCGCGAUCGACGGGGGACGGCGAUGGGCCUGCCGCCAAACGACCUCGUAAAGAAGCAAACGACGACCAUCCUCCCGAUUGCUCCUGUGACUUGCCGGCUGUUUCGCGCACCGCUGGACCAAGUACCGCCAACGCAGGUCGGCAGUUUUAUGCCUGCAGCAAGCCUAGGGGCGAGCAGUGCGACUUCUUCGUUUGGGCAGAUGAUGGCGGCUCUGCGACAGUUUCUGCACCAGCUCGACCUCAAGCCCAACGCCAGCGCUCUACCGCCACCGCAGCGCGCGGUAGUAGGACUGCGCGGUGCCACUGCGGCCUCGAAGCUGCCACGGGCGUCACAGGGAGCGGGCCAAACGAAGGCCGCGCAUACAGGGGGUGCCCUAAUACGCGCAACGCGCGUUGCGGGUUUUUCGAAUGGGCGGACGAUGACGGCGAGGACGCGGCUGGCAGAAUGCCGCCACGAGGAGGCGGAGGAGGCGGGCCAACCAACGCGUGCUUCAAGUGUAACGAACCCGGCCACUGGGCCAGCAACUGUCCGAAUGCGUAG